AUGCCCUCUCACGCUUUCCGGAUCGCCGAACGGGAUUUGGGAGGACUCGACAAUGACUCCGAGAGGCUACUCAACAACGAGGAGAAGCCGUCGAUGGACGAAUCUCCGAUGUGGGAAACUAACCAGCGGACGCCUUCUAGCAACCCGGAGGAAGGCUUGACCAGGCUGCUCAUGGCCAACAAUACUUUGGUGGUUACGAGGCAGCUAGAAAUGCUCAACAUUUUUGCUGGCUUUGAACAGGCCAACAAAUAUGUGAUCACGAACCUCGAAGGAGAGCAGCUGGGAUAUAUUGCUGAAGAGCCCCGCGGAUUCUUGUCCGUGUUCGCGAGACAAAUAUUCCGUACUCACAGACCAUUCCGUGCCAUCGUCAUGGACCUCGAAGGAGCACCUAUCUUGUGGAUUCGCAGACCCUUCUCUUGGAUCAACUCGCGUAUGUUCGUCCAGAGGCUGAAAGACUUGAAGGCAUAUACCCCCGAAGGCGAGCCAAUUCUGGAUACGUUCGGUGAGGUGCAGCAGGAAUGGCAUCUAUGGAGGAGACGUUAUGACUUGUUUUUACGAGACGCACCUCGGGUCGACGAAGGCCUGUGGGCGUGGCACUUUAACAUGCGUGAUGCAGAAGGAAGUGUAAUUGCGAGCGUGAACAGGGCGUUCAGAGGGUUUGGGCGGGAAAUCUUCACGGAUUCUGGUCAAUACUUCAUUACAUUCGGUCCUCCUCCUUUGGACCCAUCGGACCCCACGGCCCCGCGGCCAGACAUUCGGCGACAUCUCACUCUAGAUGAGCGUGCACUGGUUUUAUCUUCAGCUGUGAAUAUCGACUAUGACUACUUCUCUCGUCAUUCGGAAGGAGGUCACGGUCUGGGGCUGCCCAUGUGGUGGAGCUCGGGAGAGGAAUAG